AUGUACGCUUCUAACGAGGAAGUGGCCUUAACAUUAUCCAGUCUAGACGUCGGAAUUAUUAAAACUGGGACGGGGGUGUGUCCAGCCCGCCCCGUUCACGCCUCCAAGCUCCCGCUCAACUCAGUUUCGGGAGCGCGCGGCAGAAAAGCGUUCAAAUUGGAUCCGAAAAGGCAGCCGGAGGCCGCGAGGCCUUCGAAAAGCGCGAACGCCGGCAAGCGGAAGACGCUACUUGUGCAACCGUUCUCUAAGGACAGAGAAACGAAGAAACCGUACCUGUUAGAAACGCCUACGGACCUAAAGAGAAGACCGGCGCUCCUGAAGACUCCGGAGCAACCGAAGAGGCAAAAGCUCCAGGACAUCAGCAACUCCGAAAAAGACCAGUGCAUGGAGGCGUCGGUUCCGGCUGAAGCGAGCGAGCGAGGGUCCGAGACUGCUGGAAACCAGACCACUGGAAACCAUCAUUGCUGCUGCCAGCGCCAGUGCUCGCCACCCGAAGUGCGGGAGGACUCCUGCCAUUGCACCAGCAAGACCGUGCCUCUAGUGCUAGCUCCAAUCAUGAUGCCUCCCAGCUACGGCACUCUAGGAGUUCCCUACGUCAUCGGGCAACCCAUGAAGCUUAAUAAGAAGGUCGAAAUC